AUGGAAGCAACCGCCGACGCGAGGUGGUUUCGCGCGGCCUCUCGCUCAUGCGCCCCCCGGCGCCAGAGGCGGCGACUCCCGGCGGACUUCGUGCGCUGCGUCCACGCGGCCAGACCUUUUCCAGCCGGCGUCGACCGCGCCCGCCACCGCCUUGGCCGCCUCGCCAACGAGUUCCGCUCCCUGCCGGAGCCGCUGGACCGCGUGAAGCGCCUGCUCGACUACGCCUCGGAGCUGCCGGCGUUCCCGGAGGCCGGCCGCGUGCCGGCCAACGCCGUGUCGGGCUGCACAGCGAGGGUGUGGCUGGCGGUGGCGGCGGACGACGGCGAGCAGGGGCGCACCCGCAUGCGGUUCGCGGCGGACUCGGACUCGGAGAUCGCCAAGGGGUUCUGCUCCUGCAUCGUGACCGUCCUCGACGGGGCGCUGCCGGAGGAGGUGCUGGAGAUGACGACGGAGGACUUUGGUGCGCUGGAGGUGAUGGGGUCGCCGGCGAGGGCGGUGAAUUCGAGGGUCAACACCUGGAACAACGUGCUCAUAAGCAUGCAGAAGAGGACCAGAGAAUUGAUGGCGGCGAGGGAGGAAAAGGAGGAGCAGCAGGAGGGAGGGCGAUUCUUAUGCGGGACGUGGCGGCGGAGCAGUAGCGACAGAGGAGCUUCGCUUCCCAGGAUACCGGAUAAAUCUUAG